UACUGUAUUGGGUGUAAUAGUUAUCUGAAAUAAAGUCUGUUUUUCAUGGACCCAAGUGGUUUCUUGAAUUUUUUCAGCUAACUUUAAAGGGAAACUCAUCUUAAUUAUGGCUUGCCUGAUAAUUGGUGAUAUUUUACUGUUUCAGUUUAGUUCCUGGUUUUGUUGUUUAUAUCUGUAAAGUUAUCCUUUUUAUUGUUAUUUGUUUGAUAAAGAAGACAAUAGCUUAUUUAAAUAAGCUUGUUUGGCUUAGUGGGUUAGUUGUAUUUGUAUCUUGUUUGUUGGUGCUGGAAAAAUUGGUAAUUUCAUAGGUAGGUUUGGAAUUUUGAGUGAGUCGGGGUGAAGCCACAAGUCAUGUUCAAGAUUUAAUAUAUAUAUGUGUGAAAAGUAAAUUUUGACCUUUAGCAUUGCUAUGUAACAAACAUCCACUAUAAAAGCCACGUUUUUAUGGAAUCAAUUUUCAUGCUAUGUUAUAAUAUAUGUUCUCUAUAACAGCACUUCGCUAUAAUAGCCGAAAAAGUCCGGAACAAAUGUGGCUGUUAUAGAGAGGUUUGACUGUAUAAUUUUUCGACGAAUGUUGUUAAACUGACCACCCUCGGGAUAGGUAGCUACGCCCUUGGGUUUAGAGUGGUCUUGUGCCUACUGCCUUAAAAGAGAAAGGACAGUAUUAGGAUGAAAUGGGUCCUAAUAGAGCGGAAUGGAUAAAUAUGAGAGUGAUGCCAACUAGUUGGGAAUUGAGGCCUAGUUGGUUGAUUGAUUAAUAUAUAUAUAUAGUCUGAGCUGAAGAUCAUUCAUCUCCAUUGACCGUAACGCAGGUCUGCCAUGGGAUGAUCUGCAUUGAAGAACUUGUUUUAAAAGACUGAUAGAUCUGAAUGAUGUUCAUUGAAAUCUUGAAAUCCUUUGUGAUACUGAGUAUCCUGUGUUUCACAGGAAAAUAAGGUAGCCGAGUUCACGAAACUUGUUAUGUGACAAGAUACAGUUUUUUAUAUUGGAAGCAUAAUGGAUGGAAGUCCUUCAGGGUAUUCGACCGGAGGCGCACCUAUGUGUUAAAGUGAGCGGCACUGGACCCCCUUCGUGAGUGUUGGUCGUCCAUAGAACUUGUCGAUGGAAUCAAAUAGCCCAACAUCUAGUGAUGAUUAUGCGGCUGAUAUCUCGUCCAUCAGGCAAGCUCAAGAACGCAUCGAGCCCUUUGUGCACAAAACUCCAGUCCUCACCUCAGAAACUUUAAAUUCUAUUGCUGGAAGAAAGCUCUACUUUAAAUGUGAAUGCUUUCAGAAGGGUGGUGCUUUUAAAUUCCGAGGGGCGUGCAAUGCUAUUUAUUCACUUGAUGAUAAUCAGGCCGAAAAAGGAGUUGUAACUGAUAGCAGUGGAAAUCAUGCUGCAGCUCUUGCUUUGGCUGCAAAACUACGUGGUAUCCCUGCAUAUAUAGUUAUACCAAAAAAUGCUCCGAAAUGCAAAGUUGAGAAUGUCAAACGUUACGGUGGUCAGGUUAUCUGGAGUGAGCCGUCAAUGCAGUCCCGAGAGGAUACUGCAAACAAGGUGUUGCAAGAUACUGGUGCUGUUCUUAUUCAUCCCUAUAAUGAUGGGCGCAUCAUAAGUGGGCAGGGUACAAUAUCACUGGAAUUUCUGGAACAGGCUCAAGAUAUUGACACUUUAAUAGUCCCAAUUAGUGGAGGUGGUCUAAUAUCAGGAGUCGCGUUGGCCGCGAAGGCCAUUAAUCCUGCCAUUCGCAUUUUGGCUGCUGAACCAAUGGGAGCUGAUGAUGCUUUCCAGUCGAAGAUCAAUGGUAGGAUCACUAAGUUAUCUGAAGUCAACACUAUUGCUGAUGGGCUUCGAGCUUUUCUCGGAGAUCUCACAUGGCCUAUUGUCCGCGAUCUCGUGGAUGAUGUCAUAGUUGUUGAUGAUAAAGAGAUAAUACAAGCUAUGAAACUUUGUUAUGAGAUUCUAAAGGUUGCGGUAGAGCCAAGUGGAGCUAUUGGCCUUGCAGCUGUUCUUUCUGAUGGUUUCCAAAAAAAUCCAGCCUAUAGUGAAUGCAGUCAUAUUGGCAUUGUAAUUUCUGGAGGCAAUGUUGAUCUUGGUGUUCUUUGGAAUUCGCUCGAGAAAUAAGAAACUCCAUAUUCAAAGUAUUCAUGUAUUGUGCGGAUUCAUCGUAAAUUGAUUAGUUUUAUGCUGUCAGCCUACUGCAACUAUGUUUUUUAUCCGGACUUAUGACUGAUAAUGUGAGCAAGCUCCAUACAUGUGCAGUAAUAGCAAUAGUUGUGAGUUGGAAAUUA